AUGUUGACCGACACUCAUAACGAUCAAAACAUCCGAGCUCAGGACUUGAUAUUAUGUGAUCUAUGUAAGACUGAAAUGGUACAGGUUCAGUGUGAUACAUGCAACAUGAAACUGUGCAACGCCUGUAUUGGAAAACACAUGGCAGCUGAUGAAUCCAAGGAAAAGCAUGAGAUUGUAAGAUUUAUAUUUCGAAAGUCAAUUCCACUUUACCCUAAAUGUACCUCUCAUGAUAAUGGACGAUGUCAAAUGUACUGUAGUCAAUGUGAAGUUCCUGUCUGCAUCACUUGCAUUGUAUCUGAUCAUCAUUUAGGUCAUAAAAUAUCGGAUAUUCUUAAAACUCUCAAUGAAAGAAAAGAAAAAAUCAUCAAAAAACAAAAGGAAUUAAAUGACACAAUACUUCCAACUUAUCAGGACAUUUCAGUUGAUGUAAAGGACACCAUAAAGCAGCUAGAAAAUGGCUUUUUGGAUCUUUCAACAACCAUAACAAAAUAUGGAGAUGACUGGCACAGAAAAAUUGACCAAGCCGUCGAACAACAUCAGGCUGAGAUUGGUGAGAUGAAAACCAAACAGAUAUCAACUUUAAAGAAUCAUCUGGAUAAUAUUCACAAGAAAAUAUCUGAAAUACAGAUUGAAAUUACCUCUUCUGAGUUUGAUUUUGAUACCCAGGACAUAUCAGAACUGUUUAGCAUUAAACUUAAUGCAGACAUAUUCAAAAAGCUUCCACAAAAAAUAAUUUCCUAUUUGCCUACUUUCACUCCAGGGAGCUCGAGAAUCCAAGAAGAAGAUUUCCUUAGCAAAUUUGGAUCUUUAUCAUCAGGUAAAUCAAUUUCAGAAGAGCAUGGAUAUUGCAUCAAGACUACACAAAAGUCAUCAGAGGCUGGAAGCUUUCAUCCUGUCAAACAGCUGCUUGAUGAACCAGAGACCAUCAGUACCAUAAACACUAAAAAUAGAUCUCACCUAGGAAAUGUUGCCUGUCUGAACAAUGAAGAAAUCUGGAUAAGGGGGAAUGAGAACACCUUGAAACUUUUCAGCAUCAAUCAUGGCUCCCUUUUGAAGUCAUUUAUUACUAAAUCAAGGAACAACCCCUUCGACAUCUCCGUAAUAAAACAAGGUCACGUCAUUUAUACUGAUCCAAAAGAAAAAACUGUGAACAUUGUAAAGAAUGAAAAGAUUGACGCAGUGAUCACAUUACAGAACUGGAAACCUCGCAAUAUCUGCAGCACCUCCUCUGGUGACCUCUUGGUUGUCGUGACUAGAAAAGAUAUCAAACAAACAAAAGUUGUUCGCUAUUCUGGUUUCGAAGAAAAACAAACCAUUCAGUUUGAUGAUGAUGACAAACCUCUCUAUUCAUACGGUGUCGCAUAA